CAAAAAUAGAUGUUUUAUAUAGCCUUUUCUAUUUCUUUUCAAUAACCUCCAGUGUUUUUACUUUUUAGUGUCAAGGGACUUCAGGGAAUAUCAUUGAACUAUUCAUGCAUAUAACAACGCUGUCUCUGAAUUCUCCUCAAUGCUAGAUUACAUUCCCCUUGUUAUAAGAAAACAAACACAAUGAAGAAGAAUUGGCAUAAAGAGGAAGAGAAUGGUGGGAAUCUUGAAUACGACAGUAGCGAAAACUAAGAACAGCAAUGGCACAUUUGGUGGAAUGAACUAAACAGUAAUGGAUAGAGUUAAGGGAAAAAAAAAGGUCAAAAUUUUGGCUGUCUCUCUUGUGCAAUGCUACUGCGUUCUGUUUAACCGUCCUAAGAGUAAUAUAGUUUGUUACUUUGUUUCUCCUCACACCAAAAUGGGAUGGCCGCAGAGAUAUAUCAAGACUACUGUAUAUAUCUACCAAUUAUUGACAUAUAAUGCCACUGUACUUCUUGGGUCUUGAAAUGGAAGACAGAUACACUUAAAAGACCAGCUAGUAUCAAAAACUAAAGCAACAUAAGACAGUCCCCACAUCGAUCCAUUGUAUCCAUUGUGCAUAACUUGUGCAGUUUACUGUAGAUACCCCACAAUCUUUUUGUCUAUAUAUAUUUUCCACAAGAUGCACAGAAUUAAUAUCUUCACUACAAAAUCUUCAAGUGAGAGAGAGAAGGAACAUGGAAGGUAAAGAAGUGAUGGCAAGAUUGAAGAAGGGUUUCUGGAAGCCGGAAGAGGAUUUGAUAUUGAAGAAAUAUGUGGAGACUCAUGGAGAAGGGAACUGGACUGCUGUUUCUAAGAAGUCGGGUCUGCAAAGGGGACCUAAGAGCUGCAGGCUGAGAUGGAAGAAUUACUUGAGACCAAACAUCAAGCGUGGUAUGAUGUCAGAAGACGAAAGGGACCUCAUUAUCAGAAUGCACAAGCUUCUGGGAAACAGGUGGUCGCUGAUUGCUGGUAGACUCCCCGGUCGUACGGACAAUGAAGUGAAAAACUACUGGAAUACCCAUUUGAACAAGAGGGCAUCUCGACGCCCAAAUAUGAACCUAGACUCUGAAAGCGACAAAAAGCACCAAUUAUCAUCAGGUUUGCACAUUGCAGAAGACGGAAAUCUAGAGAAGAAAACCGCAGGUAGCUCUAUAGAAGAGGAAGUCAACGUGGUUUCAGAAUUUAGCGCUGAAAAUCUGAAAAAUAUUGACUACGACAUCAAUUUUCCUUCAAUUUUCACCAACCGUGCACCAUUCUUCUAUGAGGACGAGAUAUUCAUGCCCAUCCUAGAUGAUUUUGUUUUGUUCGAGGCAUUUGGAACCAAUGGAGGUGAAAUCACGGGGGAAGGCUUCCAACCACUGCUUUAACGCUAGAGAUAUUCUCGUAGGAAUAAAUAUCAGCAGAGCAGAGUUCAAGGUUUAUGACGUUCCUGUGCAACUCAGCACCUAUGCGACAGUUAAAAGAAAAAGAAUGUUGUAUCUCUGGAUAUUCAUUGACUAGCUGCACUAGAUAUUUCCAAUUUCUAAAAUAAAGGAUUAAAUGCCUGGACCAGUGUUAACACUUUAGUAGAAGCAUAAGACUUCAAAUGCAUUAACUAUUCAACCAAAGAGAAACACCGGUCUCUUGGUCCAUUUGCAUCGCAAAUGCAUAAUCAGAAGAAUGUUAAUAGCUCAAAAUAUGAAAGUAUAUCAGAACAUUUCCUGAUAUGCAGUGCAAGUGCAGACAUUCAAAU